AUGUCUCUAGACUAUUCAUCACCUCCCAUUCAAGUCACUUGUCAUGAAUUGUUAAUUCCUCCAAAUACAGAGACUGUGACUGUCUCUCCAAUUUCACAACCUCUUCCACCACUUGCAAACAAUCAUUUACGAAUUCGUGUCAAAUACGGAGCACUCAAUUUUGCAGAUGUUUUACAAGUCGGAGGAAAAUAUCAAGAAAAACGUUUACCUCCCUUCAUUCCAGGAUCAGAAAUUGCAGGUGUUGUGUGUGAAAUUAAUUCUUCCAAUGAAGUGAAUCAUCAUUCUUUUCAAAUUGGAGAUCAAGUCCUAUUAUUGGCUCAAAAAGAUGGAUGGCAAUCAUUCAUUGACAUUCCCAUUCAAUAUCCUGCAAUGAUUCGAGUACCCAAGUCCAUUGAUUUAAAAAAAGCAGCUGGAUUAUUUGUGGCUUUUUCAACUUCACAUGUGGCUCUCACUCAUCCAAGACAUGGAAAUUUACAAAAGUGCAAGUUGGAACUUGACUCUAAAGAACAAGUUGCAAUGAUGAAACAAACAAUGACACAUUCAGAACAAACCAUGAAGCAUACAACAAAUCAACAGACACAAUCAGAACAAGUUGCAAUGAAACAAACCAUGAAGAAGAGAAAAAUUGUGCUCGUAUUAGGUGCUAGUGGAGGUGUCGGCCUCGCUGCAUGUCAAAUUGCAAAAGCUCUUGGUGCCAUUGUCAUUGCUGCUUGUAGUUCCGACGAAAAGUGUCAAUUAUGCAAAGAAAAGGCACACGCAGAUCAUGUCAUUAAUUAUGAAGCAAACAAAAAGGAUUGGUUCAAAACAGUUCUCACUGAUUUUACCAAUGGAAAGGGAUGUGAUAUUAUUUAUGAUCCUGUUGGAGGUGAUUUGGGAAUGCAAAGUUUGAAAUGUAUGGCAUGGGGAGGUGUUUGGUUAGUGAUUGGAUUUGCUACUUCACACAUUCCUCAAAUUCCAGCAAAUAUUUUACUCGUCAAGAAUUGCAGUGCAAGUGGAGUGUAUUGGGGAAGUUACAUGAAACAUGAACCACAAGUGAUUCAACACAGUAUGAAGGAAUUAUUUGAAAUGAUGACCCGAGGUGAAAUUGAUCCAUUUAUUAGUCAUGUGUAUCCAGUAGAGCAUGUAGUGAAAGCCAUGAACGAUAUGCUUCAAAGAAAGACUAUUGGAAGAGUCUUGUUGUCGUUUGAUGAGAACGAACGAUUGUCGAAAAUGUGA